AUGGGCACUGAACCCACGUCGAGGGGCAACCCCAGUGGCCCAGCCAGCAGCUUCAGAAAGAUCUCCAAGCCUCUGAUGGAGAAGAAGCGCCGUGCACGCAUCAACGUGUCCCUGGAGCAGCUAAGGUCUCUUCUGGAGAGACACUACUCACAUCAGAUACGGAAACGAAAGCUGGAGAAGGCCGAUAUCCUGGAGCUGAGUGUUAAGUACGUGAGAAGCCUCCAGAACUCAUUGCAAGGACUCUGGCCAGUACCCAGUGGGGUGGACUACCCUUUCCAAGGCGGCUUGCCCAGCGUGAGCCAGAGGCUUCGGCCCGGAGAGGACCACAGCGGCCUGCGCUGCCCCCUGCUGCUUCAGAGCAGGGCAGGCAGCACCACGGACAGCGCCAGUCCACAGACGGCCUCUGUCCUCAGCCCCUGCCUCCCGGCCAUCUGGGUCCCAGAUCCCGCUACAGGUGGCUCCCAGUCCCCGCAGUCCCCUCUCCCUCUCCCUGGAAGUCUCUUUGAGUCGUCUACCGGCGGUGUUCUGGCACCACAACCUGCAUCAAACUGCCAGGCCGAGAAUCCGAGAUCCGGGUUUCGCCUGUGGCGGCCCUGGUGA